AUGAUAAGAAGACUCAACUCGUUGAGGCUGAAGAAAAACGAACGCAAUGAUUACGAGACGCGGGCAUUCGAAGCUUGCCGAUGGCUGAGGCAGACUGGAUUCCCACAGUACGCGCAGCUUUUUAUAGAUGGCAAAUUCCCGCUCUACAUAGACGCCAUUAUCAACGAGCAUGAUUUCUUGGAGAAAGACUCCCAGCGUGCUGUCCGCAGGAGACUCGAGCUGUUGAACAAAGCAGCAAUCGCGGCGGACACGAUUGCAGCGACGCCGCCUCCAAUGCAUGGGAUCGACAUUAUGGAUGGGGAGGACGAUGUUUGCCUCUCCCAACUUUGGACGCUGGACAGGAAAAAACAAGUCUGGGCCCGGAACAAGACUCAAGGUGUCCGGCGAAGUGCGAGCACGCCAAACUCUCGCUGCCGAAUAUCUCCGCGCGUAACUCAGCUCCAGCCCACUUCCGAAGACUCCGAUAUGGACCAGAGCAACGAGAUUAACAACGAAUUCGCCUCACUUGAUCGCCGAGGAAUGAUGAAGACUUCUUCUUUCAUGCGCAAAUUUCGCCCACUCAGUAAUCACAGAACAAGAGAACGACCAGUUAGAAAGAAAACAAUCACUAUUGGGAAUCCUAUUCUAAAAUCAGGCAUGGAGAAUUUAUACCGCUACAAUUGCCGAGAUAUCUCCUCAACGGGACAAAGGACGACGAAGCUCUCCGAUAAAACUGACUCGGACACAACGAGUGGUCUUGGCCUCGACAUUGGGCUGAACACGGCUAGUUCGGAUUCGGAGAACUCCGAAAAUUUUAUUUCUGACUCGGGCAAGCGAUUUACUCAACUGUAUCUCUCCGACUCGACCUCGGGUUCCAUGCGCCGCCCAAACAGUAUUUAUGAUAAUCUGAACGAUGAGGAAACGACGAACUUAUCGAGCGAGCUCAGCGUAAACAACAACGAUGAUUUCGAUCAGAUUCAAACCCCAAAUAACACCCUCAAUCCAAGCCAGAGGAAAGACGAAAGCUUUGCCGAAGAAAUGGACACGCUCCAAAAAGGCAUGCUCGAAGAACUGGAGAGCAUCAAGCGAAUGCUCACUGAUGUGAAUUUGCUCUUUGAAAAGAACGAUGACACCCUAGAGCGGCCGAAACAGUCACGAAAUGAACAGCGCCACGCCUUCGAUUGUUUCUUCGGUGACGAGGACGACGAGGACGAAGAACAACAGAAUGGAGUGGAGCUUUUUAUUCCAGAAUCAACUUAUGACGCGUCGUCAACUCGCUCCUUCUCUGUUUCCGCCGACAUCAGCGAAUCCAUGUGCCCCAGAGAUGACGCGGGCUCUCGUGGACCGAACUCGACGAUGGACGAUUCCGGUCAAGAGUCAGACCACUUCGAAGCCGACCAAACGUGGCAUGUUCCGGUGAGAACGCGAAGCUGUCGAAAACGUUUGCGCUGGAAGAGUUUCUAUCGGGAUCAUCAGCCGAGCUUUCGAAGUCGUAAUGUUCAGUUGAGCAAUCUUUCUGCUGGACAGGUUAUGAUGCUUCGCAAGAUUGCCAUGCUCAGGCUCACGUCAUACAUGGAAAGAUACAGCACGAUACGAAACAACGAAACAAUGGCCUGGUCUCUUCCGUUUAAACUCAAUUUCAAACGGCUAAAGAGCAACUCUUUACGAGCGAAAAAAUAUGUUCGGAGUGAGCCUGUUAAAAAAUGCUCAAAAUUAUGGACAACCACUGCCGCUUCCGAUGCAACGAGCAUUACAGUAUCUACGACGAAACGCGAUGACACAACAGGAUCGUGCUCGACAACAUUUUCCGAUUUUAUCAGACAGCACUAUCACUUCCAUCUGAUGUCUAUUUCGUGA